AUGAUUUCUAUCGAGCGGGCAGAGAAGAUCGCGGCAGCGAUCGAGCUGCCUGACUGGGUCCUGAGAAUGUCUGCAUCACUCAUGUACAGCUGCUUUGGGCCCUUUGUGGACGCUUUUGAGAGGAGUGUCAAGAUGUACUGCUCGGCGCAGUACGCAUUUGUGGAGUCGUGGAUGCACGCGCACGCCCAUCCGUUCGCGAAGCGCCUGCCCUACCUGAACCCAUGGCACGGUGUCGCCUCGAUACUAGCCUACCUCUGCCUCAUCCUCGCCUUUCGCGUGUUGUGUCCGUUCCUCAGCAAGCUCUCGUGCCGCAGUCUUGGGUUGGUGCACAACCUCGGGCUCCACCUUCUCUCCUUGUAUAUGUGCCUUGGCCUCCUGAUCAGCGCGCGCGCCGCAGGGUACUCGCUCUGGAACAAUGCGGCCGGCACCUCGCCGGCUGAGUGGCGCAUCGCGAAGCUCAUCUGGCUAUUCUACGUCUCGAAGGUGGUGGAGUGGUUGGACACGGUAAUCAUGCUGUUAAAGCAGAAUCACCACCAGGUGACCUUCCUGCAUGUGUACCACCACUCGACCAUUUUUGUGCUGUGGUGGUUGGCGACACUGGCCGCUCCGGCCGGCGAGUCGUACUACAGCGCCAUGGUAAACUCUGGCGUCCACGUUGUCAUGUACGGCUACUACUUUCUUACGCUACUUUUCCCAACCGGCAGCAUCCGCAACGUCUUGAACAGGUUCAAGUUCGUCAUUACGAAAGGCCAAAUGUGGCAGUUCUUCUUCAACUGUCUACAGUCGGCGUACGACCUUGUGUGGGUGCCGCGGGAGAAUCUCAAGUAUAGCCCCGCCCUGCUGCAGCUCCUCCUGUGGUACAUGAUCUCUCUCCUGGCGCUUUUUGGCAAUUUCUUGGUAAAGAGCAAGAAGAAGCCCUUGCGCCACCACCACGUUGAUGCUGCGACCGCUUCAGCCGCAAAAAGGGACAGGGCGGCGAAGUCGUAG